AUGGAUUUGAACAACUCUUCUUCGCAAAUUUCUGUAUGGGAUAAAGCUGCAGCUGCUUCCUCCUCUGGCUCUUCUGGAGUUAAACAUGCUAGGAUGACUUCAAGUAUGAUUGGUGGGCUAAUUUCGAGUGAUAUUCGUAAUAAGACUUUGACAUCGGUUAAUGAGGUGGUUUGUGAUUUCAAGGACUAUUAUGGAACAGAAGUUUCUUAUCGGCGAGUUUGGAUGGGUGUUGAAAAAGCAAGGGGUCUUGUUUUUGGUGACUAUUCAUCAUCAUUUGACGAUCUUCGUUGGUAUGUUGAUGCCGCUAAUGAUUGUAAUCCGUAUUGUCGGCCUGUGUUGAUGCUUGAUGGAACUUUCUUGAAAAGAAGACACAAAGGUUGUUUAUUGGCUACUAUGGCAAAAAAUGGUAACAAAGGUUUAUAUCCGUUAUAUUUUGCCAUUGUUGAUAGUGAAAAUUAUGACAGUUGGCAUUGGUUCUUGUCAAAGUUAUUUGUUAUUUUGACUCCGGGGAGGGAUAUUGCGUUUGAUAUUGGUCGCUAUGGAGUGAAGAGUCGUGAAUCUAAAGAGUAUUUGCUUACUCUUUUUAGUAGAUGUGCAUAUGCUCCUACUAUUGAGUUAUUUAAUGAGCUAUUUGAAGAAUUUAAGGGUCGUUGUGGUCGUAGUGUUCAGAAGUUUCUUGAGGAUUUGCCUAAUGAGUGUUGGUGUAACACUUAUUUUCAAGGCAGGAGAUAUGAGAAAAAGUUGGAAGAAGCUUUUAAUAAUAUAAAGACAUGGAUAGUUAAGAAAUGUAGCGAUGACAUUUAUGAAAUCCAAUUGGAUCGUUCAGUUAUGGUUGAUAUUGGGAAACGUUCUUGUUCUUGUUGA